AGAAAUUAUUUUACUGAACCUACUGAACUAUCCACUGCACCGUAGCUCAUUCGAUCAUAACCCGCUACCGCUUUCUCAACGAAGAAAGCUUGAGAUGACGAAAACUCCUUUGUCACUGUUGCCGCGAAUUCUAUUCUUAUCUAAGAAUCAGAGUUUUCCUUCAUGUAUAAUAAUAUAAUAAACCCCAAACCACGACAGAGUAGUGAUGCACCUUCUACGUGGCUGCUCGGACCGGCUCUUCUUUGCUUUAGCAGCACAUGUUGUUGUUCUGUUAAUUUCGGAAAUUGGUGAAGUGGGCUCGUAGAUGCUGGUCCAGAACGUGUGGUUUUUGUGAAAUGUUGCAGAAAUUUGGAGAAUUUUAUCCUCAAAAGCUGAGAUUGCUGAGAAAGGGGCGGGCUUGAAUGUGCAUUUUGUGUUUAAAUACAUAGUGAGGGGGAAAACUAGGGAUGGCCAUGGCAAGCAAAACCAGAAAUAUGCUCGAGAAUCUUGUAAGAGAAGGAUCCUUUAAAUGGUUGCUUGGAAAUCGAAGCCCUUUUGAUGAAGAAUUGGAGGAGAUGGGAAGGUCUCCCUCGGCCCAGACCAAUUGGGUACCAGAGCUAUCUCCUAUUGCAAACAUAGUUGUCCGUAGAUGCUCAAAAAUCCUUGGUGUUCCUACAACUGAGCUUUGUGAAGGCUUCAAUUCAGAGGCUUCUGAAUCUAUAAAGCUUCCACUGUGCUAUGCAAAGAACUUUUUGGAAUAUUGCUGCUUUCGAGCACUUGCUCUGUCAACUCAAGAAACAGGUCAUCUGGCUGAUAGAAAGUUUCGACGCCUGACUUAUGACAUGAUGCUAGCUUGGGAGGCUCCAGCUGCAACAAGCCAACCUAUACUAACGGGGCCCACGUCUUUUGUGCAGUUAGAUGAGGAUUUAUCAGUUGGGGUAGAGGCUUUCUCUAGAAUAGCUCCAGCAGUUCCUACUAUAGCAAACGUCAUUAUCAGUGAGAACAUUUUUGAGGUGCUUACAGCAUCAACUGGUGGAAGGCUUCAAUUCUCCACAUAUGACAAGUACCUAAGUGGACUAGAAAGAGCAAUAAGGAAAAUGAGGACCCAAUCAGAGUCAUCACUUCUUUCUGCCAUGCGAUCACCAAGAGGAGAGAAGAUUCUGGAAGUGGAUGGAACAGUCACUACCCAACCAGUUCUUGAGCAUGUAGGAAUUUCUACAUGGCCUGGAAGGUUAAUUCUGACAGACCAUGCAUUUUACUUUGAGGCUCUACGUGUUGUAUCUUAUGACAAGGCAAAACGAUAUGAUCUAUCAGAUGACCUAAAACAGGUUGUGAAACCUGAGUUGACUGGUCCAUGGGGUACUAGACUUUUUGACAAGGCAGUCUUUUAUAAAUCAAUUUCAUUAUCAGAACCAGCUGUAAUUGAGUUUCCUGAGCUGAAGGGGCAUACUCGUCGUGAUUAUUGGCUAGCAAUCAUAAGAGAGAUUUUAUAUGUUCAUAGAUUUAUAAAUAAUUUCCAGAUCAAGGGGGUUAAACAGGAUGAAGCUCUUUCAAAGGCUGUGCUUGGAAUUCUGCGACUACAGGCCAUUCAAGAAAUUUGUUCUGCAAAUCCUUUACGCUACGAGGCUCUUUUAAUGUUCAAUCUUUGUGAUCAAUUACCAGGCGGAGAUUUGAUACUUGAAACCCUUGCAGAUAUGUCAACUGUAAGGGAAUUAGAUAGGUCUAGCAAUUCUAAGCCUGGAGGUGGAAUGUAUUCGAUCUCAGCUUUGGAUAUGAUUUCUAACUUGGGCUUUGCAUUUGGAACAAGUUCUAAUAAUCCUGUUGAGGCUGGGCUUGCUGUAGGUGAGAUAACUGUGGGAGAAGUUACUAUGCUGGAAAGAGCAGUUAAGGAAUCUAAAAACAACUAUGAAAAAGUGGCGCAAGCACAAGCAACAGUAGAUGGAGUCAAAGUGGAAGGAAUUGAUACAAAUUUUGCAGUGAUGAAGGAGUUACUGUUUCCAUUUAUGGAACUGGGGAAGUGCCUUCUUUCUUUAGCAUUCUGGGAGGAUCCAAUGAAGUCUUUGGUUUUCUGUGGUGUUUUCACUUACAUCAUUUGCAGGGGAUGGCUGAGCUAUGCCUUUGCACUGAUGCUUGUCUUUAUUGCGGUCUUCAUGGCCCUCACCCGAUAUUUUAGCCAAGGGAAGUCUAUUCAUGAGGUUAAGGUGUUAGCACCUCCGGCAAUGAAUACAAUGGAACAGCUUUUGGCUGUUCAGAAUGCAAUUUCCCAAGCUGAAGGGAUCAUCCAGGAUGGGAAUGUUGUUCUUCUCAAGAUACGCGCCUUGCUACUGUCCCUUUUUCCUCAGGCAAGCGAAAAAUUUGCGGUAGCUCUUGUAGUUGCAGCUUUGACUCUAGCCUUCGUGCCCAGUAGAUAUGUUUUUCUAUUAAUGUUUUUGGAGAUGUUCACGAGGUAUUCGCCUAUGAGAAGAGCUAGCACGGAGAGAUGGAUGAGAAGAUUGCGAGAGUGGUGGUUCAGCAUACCCGCGGCUCCCGUUAUACUUGAAAGAGAAAAGGAAGAGAAAAAGAAGAAAUGAUGCUGUAAUUAUUUGUAUUGUAUGUUUAUGUAACGGUUUCUGUGUCACAUAGAGAGAAGUGAGUGUAUAUCUUAACAAGGAAGGAAGUCGAAAUAAACUCAUGAAAUUUAAGAAAAUGGAAAAAAAUAAAAAGGUUUGGUUUA